UUUUAUUAAUACAUGAGUGUUUUGAAUUGCGGCGAUCUACUUCGUAAAGCCUUUUGCUGUUGUAAAUCAAAACAAAAGGCCACACAGAAUGAGACUAUCCUCUAUCAGGAUGGCGAAGAUGAACCGGUAUAUCAAAAUCCGAACUUGGGCAAAUUGCACGAGGGUGUCAGUUUUACGGUGAAAGGACGAACAAAGAAACAUUGUGAAAGGUUCUCAAUAAAUUUCAUCAUUGAAAAUGCCACACGUGAUGUUGCCCUGCACAUUAAUCCGCGACUACCUCAAAAUUAUAUUGUACGCAACACAAAAGUUCGCAAUGCCUGGGGCCGCGAAGAGGUAGCCUCCGCUUUGCCCUUCAGCCUACGACGUGGCGCUGCAUUUUCCGUACAGAUUCUAUUCACCGACGAAUGUUAUAUGAUCUCAGUGAAUGGUUAUCAUUUUUGUAAAUUCUAUCAUCGUUUGCCUUACGAAAGUGUUCAAAGUCUCGAAGUAAAGGGAGAAAUUGAAGAUGUUACCGUUGAACGGUCCGAAGUGCAAAAUUAUCCCGAACGUUUACCAGAAUCGGUGCCACAAACGGUACGAUUGGGUAGAGCUUUAAGAGAACCAACACUGCCCGAUGCCCAUACGGUAGGUGGUAAUGAGGAUGAGACUGAUCGUGUUGCCGUCCCCAAUGCGGAUACGGAUGAGGACAAAGUCAUAACACAAUGGCGUGUCGUAAAGAAGGCCAACGGUGACAUCGAAUAUGAACCGAAAAUUGUAGCAUUAAAUGAAAUCAAAUUACCCUAUUAUGGUACCAUACCGCGCAAUUCAUUCCAACUGGGACGAGUACUUAAGGUCGAGGGACGUGUCCGUCUACUGCCACAAUCGUUUUACAUAAAUAUGCAGUCGGGUCACAACUGUUGGCCACAUCCCGUUGUAGCGUUGCAUUUAAAUCCACGUUUUACCAAACAAAGUUCCGGUGCCAUUGGGCGAGCCACAGUGAUACGUAACUCAUGGAUCGAUGGUAAUUGGGGCCAGGAGGAACGUUCCGAUUUGGAAACGAAAUUUUUACCCGGCAAACCCUUCAGUUUACAAAUUGUCCAUGGCGAAGAUUCGUUUAAGAUUUACGUAAAUCAUCAAUUGCUGACGGAAUAUAAAUUCCGCGUUAGUCCCAGUACAAUUGAUACGAUAUAUAUACAAGGUGAUAUUAAACUAUUCGAUGUAGCUUUGGAACCAUAUAAAUCGGUCUCCAUUAACGAAGACAUUCCGGGAAAUCCUCUCUAUGCCAACAAUAAAAUUGGAUGGAUUCAGGAGGGUCUUUCGUUUUUAAUACGUGGUCAAAUUCUACCAAAUGGCGAACGCUUCAUUGUGGACUUCUGUACGGAAAAUGCCAGCAACGACAUUGCAUUACGUUUGUCAGCGGUGAUAUCACGCAACAUGAUUGGUCGUAAUACCCGAACGAAUGGUUAUUGGGGCACCGAAGAAAUUACCUCCCUUAUGCCAUUUAACUUGAAACCAGGAUCACAAUUCCUACUACAAAUUCUCUUUACAAUGGAUGCUGUGCUGAUAGCCGUAGAUGGUUUCCACAUUGCCAAAUAUGAACAUCGUCUAUCGUUUUACGAUAUACGAUCAAUAGAAAUACGGGGAGAUGUACAUGACUUACACGUUGAUCGUAAACUUGUCACGGAUUAUCCACAACGUACGGGAAAAUCGAAACAUUUUGUUAGUAUAAGUAAUCGUCAUGCGGAUACGGGUAUCUAUAAUUCGGAAGAUUAUGAACACUAUAGAAAAUAUACAGAAGAGGAGGAGGAAGAAGAAGAGGAGCUUGAAUCGGAAGAAUUACGUCCAUUAUCAUUGCCUUAUUAUGCCUCAUUUCCACGUGGUUUCUUCGAAUUGGGUUACCGCAUGAUGAUUUGGGGUCGCGUUCGCAGUAAACCUCAAUCAUUUCGUAUAAGCCUACAAUCGGGUCACAGCAUUUGGCCACAACCGAAUGUGGCAUUAGUUUUAGAAUUCCAUUUCUAUAUGAAUAGUCAGGGUGAGACGGGAGAACCCAUGGUGCUGCGAAACUCUUUUGCCAAUGGUCGAUGGACGGGUGAGAUUAAAUCGGAAUUAUCCACAGGUCUAAGACCUAAUGCCGAAUUCCGCUUACACAUUGUGCGUGGCAAGAAUGCCUUUGAAAUUUACCUGAAUGAUAGACCCUUAAUGAAUUAUCCCUACAAAGUACAUCCUAAGUGUGUGGACACCAUGUUGGUGUCGGGAGAUUUGAAACUAUAUGAUAUUGAAAUUGAAGAAGGUGAUUGA